GGAGGAAAGCGCCUGCUUUUUUUAAAAAAAACAGAACUGAAUUGCACAAUAUGUAUCCCAGAAACAUCUCAGCAAUGGUGGUGGUGGGGAAUUCCUCCCUCCGGUUUGCUGAGGUUGUCGAGAGGCGAGCUCCGAAAAGUUCCGCUUUGUGGCUGUGGGAGUUUUCACCGCGUUUUGUCCUGUUGCGCAAGGAUGCCCUCUCAGAACUUUGCGUGCCUAUGAACUUUCAGCAAACGUCUCUCGCUGCCAGGGCAAACUAGUACCCGGACUUUGCAAGGCGGGAAACCGAGUUCAUCUGAAUAGCUUCCCCAGUUUAAAACAAAAACCAAAAACUUUGUGUGUGAGGAAGUUUUUGUAUGGGGCUGGGAGGAGGAGGAGGCUUCUGUGGGAGGGUGGAACGGAACUGUGAUGAAUGCGAGCGGAAUUCGCUUUUUCCUGGAAAAGGACAGCAUUGGGUUUGCGCGAGGGGAAUUCGGCUCGCAUCGGUUUCUUUGAAGUUGGACUUGCGCUCUCUGAAGGCAGAGAGACUUCCUGCUCUCUGCGCGAGAUAACUUCUGCAGGUGUGUGGGAGGAGGAAGCGAGCUAGAGACCUCGGUGCUCCCCCCUCUCCCCAAAAGGGGGUCGGACUGAGCUGCGAAGCGAAGCAACUCGGAGGAGGGAAGCUGCAGAAGAAAGCGAGGGACUUGUGUUUGCGCGUGUUCUGGUUCUCUUCCACGGAGCUCGUGCAGUUUGCUUUGUUUAAAGUGCGAGGAGGGAGAAAAGGCGUGGUGUGUGCGCGUGUGCGCGCGCUGCGCCUCUGGUCUCCCAAUUAAAGUUUUGUGACUUCAGGCGCUUUGUGACUUCACUCGCCUGCCAGGCUGCUCCCCGCUUCCGUGAGCCGGGGCCGGGCGGCCUCUCUUGCCUCCAUGCCUGGCGGCGGGGAGAGGCAGCCGCUGAUCCCUAGGGGGCGCCGCUGGCGGUGGCAGCAGCGGCAGCCCAGGAUGCCCUGCUGCACGCAAGGAGCGGCCUUCGUUCCGACGCUGCUGGUCGUCUGGUCUUCGGCCUCCUUCAUCCUCUCCUACGUGAUCGCUGUCCUCGAAGGCCACGUGGAGCCGCUGUUUCCGUACAUCAGUGAUACAGGAGCCAAACCUCCAGAAAGUGGUAUUUUUGGAUUUAUGAUUAACAUUUCAGCAUUCCUAGGUGCAGUUACGAUGUAUGCAAGAUACCUGAUUGUCAAGGAGCAAAAUGACGUGAUACGCUUUGUUUCCCCCUGUUUCAAUUUACUAGCACUGUUUGUUGGAUGGAUAGGUUGUGUUGGAAUGGGCAUUGUUGCAAGCUUUCAGGAGCUAGCAGUUCCUGCUGUCCACGAUGGAGGUGCUCUUUUAGCUUUUGUGUCCGGCGCUCUGUACAUUGUGCUUCAGACUGUAAUCUCUUACAAGUCAUAUCCACAAUGGACUAGUUUGUGUACGUGUCACACAAGGCUGGUCUUCUCUAUAAUGACUUGGGUAGCUAUCAUUCCCAUGAUUGCGUGUGCUUCACUAGUUUCCAUAACAAAGAUUGAGUGGAAUCCAGGUGAAAAGGAUUAUGUGUUUCAUUUUGUGAGUGCACUCUGCGAAUGGGUAGUAGCCUUCAGUUUUGUUUUCUUCUUCUUAACUUUCAUCGGAGAUUUUCAGGGAGUUACAAUACGGAUAACAACAGAGUUACAUGGAAACCUAUGACCACUUUUUAUAGUUUGGAUCAUAGAAGCUGGGGUCGAGGGCAUUAAAGAAACUGUUGGGGAGACUCCAGAACGGUAAAAUCUGGUGUGACGCAAACCUGGUGGAUCGACGUUGCAAGUUGCAAAAUCAUACUCAAGGGAAAGACUAUUUUUACUUUUACUAAUAUCCCCAUGUGCCUUGUUUCCCCUUUUAACCUGUGUUCUAAAUCCUUUUUGUAUUUUUAAAUACUUCUUUCCAGUUUUAUUUUAAAAAAUGGGAACGUCUGAAAAAUGUUAACUUCUGGGGGGGAAAAAGGAGAGGAAGAGACGUCCCUCCUCGACAACUGCUGCCUUCUUUCUAUUUGUUGGAAGUCAAGAUGGCCUCAAAGUAAAACUCGGGCUGCAGUCUGGUGAACUCGGUCCCAUUGGUGAACUUGGUGGGGCUUUCUUUCAACUGACUGUGCUUCAGAUUGCGUUUUAAAAUGCCUAGUAUUCAUUGUGGGUAGUAAUGUCUGCUUUUAUGUAUUAGGAAAUAAACUGGCCCUGAUCUAAAGAGAGGUUGUUGUGGUUCAGGUCCUUUUUGAACAUCAAGGGGCUUCAGCAAGGCUUGCUCAAGGCUUCUUGCUACUUCAGAUAAAAGAAUAAGAUGUUCUGGCUACAGAAACUAACCAGGCUGGCAGUUGAAUAUUACUUCAGCACUAGCUGCCUCUAUUUGCACCUGAGGGCACUAAGCUAGUUUAGCGGGUGCAGGAAAACCUUUAUGGCACAGGCAACUUUGUCCUUGCCUCACCACCACUGCCUGCCCCUCAACAUCUGCUGCCUGAGGCGUCUGCCUCAUGUCCUCAGGCUAGCCAUGGACGUCAGUUAGUCAUGGCUAACUUGGCCUUUUGGGCUGCAUGUCCUAUUGAAAUCAAACAGGGGUGGCUACAUUCUUUUUUGGGCCAAGGGCUACAUUGAGUGCUGGCCAGUUCUCCAGGAGUUGAAAACAGCUCCAUGCAAACUAGGAAGUGACCUCUCCAGACAAAGGAAGAAGGACCCUUCUUAUCUAUAGCUGUGGUCUCCUGGGUGACGCUGUUAGACAGUUGAAUGUGCAUGCAUACUCUGUCCAUUUCCCUACCUGCCCCCCUCCAUGUGGCCCUGGGGCCCUGGCAACCCAUGCUACGCCACUAAUCUAUGCUAUACACAUUUACUUGGCAAUAACAUCCUAUUGAAUUCAGCAGGAGUUAGGAAACCUAACUGGCUCUGGACUGGGGUCAAAGUCCGUCUUUUCCAAUAGUGAUACUAAAAACACUUCCAGGAGAGGUGUGCACAUGUGCCAUAAGAAGUAACUUUAGAAAUUCACUAAAUGCACAUAUAGGCUUUUCUUUACUGGACAGGGGAAUCAUUUUGUUGUUUUUAAAAAAACUUCACUGUUCUUUUGGAAAAGGAAGGACAAAAUUAAUAUCUGUGGUGAAAAUCUGAGAUGUAAAAAAUCUGAACAAAAUAAAAAGGGGGGCUGCUUAUACAAAUCAGAUUGCUAAGGUUUUUUGUAUGUGUGUGCGCACACACACACACAUAUAUCGGUAAUUCUUUCUUGACUGCACAGUAGAUGGCACUAAAGGACCAUAUUGGUAGUGUGUAUUGCCCCCAAAUCCUUAAAUAAUAAUUGAUCUCCUUCCUUGGGAAGAAAUAAAUGUGUGGGCAGCUUGAAGUCUGAUCAGAUAGUCACCAAAAGACAAAUUGAUUGCUUUUUCCUAUGCUUGUAGAAAAAAGCAGCUGCUAAUCAGAAUGUAUUUAUACUGAUUUUCGUUAUAGGCCACUUUUGGAUCAAACCCCGAGGUGACUUCCAAUAUAAUAAUUAACAAAAAGGACCUAUUGAACCAGCACAAAAUUAAUUCAGAUGGCUUUCAAAUAAAACUAUUAUUGCAUUGCUCUAAAAUCUCUCGUGUUGCAGGCAAUAUUUAUUUAACAGCAGAAGUAAUCUGUUACCUGGCUGGUAUAAGAGUGACCAAGCUAGUCUCCCAAGUGUCUUGACAAUAAUUUUACUCUUGUCAGGCAUGGCUGGUGGGGUGUUCAGCUGACGGGUCACAUAAAUUGUGCCAUAGUUACCUCAGCAAACAUAAAUAUGGAACCACAUUGACUAAGCAGCUUGUGGAGGGAAGUUUAUGGAACUCUUUACAAUCUCCUAUGGAUUUUAUUGCUCUGAAAUACGUUGUUGUUCUGUGCAAGCCUAAAGGCACAAAGAAAAGCAAAACUUCAAAAUUGUGCUAUGAAAGAAAACCCUAUUGAAAUGCCCAAUGCGCUUUAGCUAAAGACAACCUUCAGUUCUGCUAGGAAGCCAACAUCUUUCCAGAGAGAUUUCAGUAUUUUAGGAUUAUGUCAUUGAUAAAGUUUCAAUUUUAGCACUAUUUGAGCCUCUGUACUUUUCAUUGCUUUGUUGAGGUUUCAGCUCUCUCUCAUUUUUUAUUCCUUCCUCCUUGCUCUGUUGUUGUUGUUGUUGGCAUCUGUCUGUCUUGAGAGACGAGGGAAGAGUGCGCCAUUAGGGGUAAAGUAAACCAUUGGAGAGUUACAGUGUCUGCUGUGGCUGUAGAGACCGAUAAGGGAGAGACAUGUUUUAUUGCAGCUGGGGCAGAUGGAGGUGUCCAGAUACACCGUGGCAUUUCUUCUCUCCGUGCUCCUCCCAGUUUCUCUGGAAUCCGCUGUGGAUACAUGACCUGGCAUGUCUCCAGACACUGUGGCGGUCUGCAAGGGAUUUCCACACAGCAUAAGUUAAUGCUGCCAGCCUUCAUGUAAUGUUUGCAGACACCUUUAUAACACAGAGCUGGUCUGCCAACGGGCUUGGUGCCUGAAGCUAGCUCCCCUUAAAGCACAUCCCUGGGGAUCCUGCCAUGCUCCAUGCUGUGUACAUGAUCAACCCAUUGCAGACAUCACUGAGACAGAAGUGCAAACAUGCUGAGAAUGUAGACUUGAGAGAGCACACCUUUGUUUCAGACUCUGUCCUGCUAUGUGAUGCCCCAAAUCUUCCUGACACGGUACAUAUGGAAGGCAUUGAGGCUUUUCCUCCUGGCUGUUGUAAGUUGCCCACAACUUCCAUAAAGCACGCAAGUUCAGCACGCAAGCCUGGUACUCCUUCAUCUUGGGUCAUCUCCUUUUGGAGAAGUGAGCCAUUGCCAUAGCUGCCUUACCAAUAUGCUUGCCCAAGGAAAGCUUGCUGGUUAUACUGGAGCCCAGGUAGGGAAAAAACAUCUAUCACCACAAUGCUGAUGUGUGGAGUGCUGGUGAUGUCCUGACCCACUAUGUUGGUCUUCAUCAGGCUGAAUUCCAUGCAGGCUUGAGCAAAACAGUUGGUGAGUCUCUGUAGAGCUUCCUUAGUGUGCGCUGUCAAGGCUGCAUCAUCUGCAAACAAUAUAUCCUCGUGCAAGCUUGACCUAUCUACCCUGCCUCUAGAUCAGUAGUCCAAGACCCCAGACCCACAUGCAUUUGGAGAUCCAUUUCUUAAUAUUUUACCAUAUAUUUGCAUGGCAGAAAAGCAUCUGUUGCUCACCACCUUGAGUCAUUCCAUGACCCACUAGUGGCUCCCAACCUACCUGCUGAAGACCAGAGCUCUAGAUUAUCAGUUUUAAAUAACUUGUGCUAGUAUUCAGCCUUGAGUGCCCAGUUUGUUUCACUGCAUUUAUUCCUGCCCUUUAUUUCCUGUCGCUUCCAAACCAUAAAGAGGACUUGACGUUCCACUCAAUGGCAGGUAUCCUAUUGUAUCACCACAGGGGCCUCGAGUAAGAAACUUAAUAUGAAGCUUAAAGAAUAAUUUUAAAAAGCUAUUGACACUUUAUUCAAUGGGUCACCAGGAUCUGUACGCCUGUUGACAGCCUCCAGAUAGUUCCAAUGGGUUGAAGCAUGACUUCUUCCCCCUUACAUAAGCCAUGUUGACUGUUUUUCACCAUGGCAUCAUUAUUCCUUCAACAGUGAAAAAUUGUUCAACCAGAAUGCCGGGAGAAAAAUUGCUGAGGUUUAUGUUUUUUAUUUAUGGAGACAGAACCUAAUCGGUGUCUGCGGAGUCCCAGUGCCAGAAACAAAAGUCUUGCCUUGGAUUGUUCACCUCGGCAAAAAAGAAUGGGGCAGUUGUCUUGAGCCAAGCAGUAGUCAUCUCUUUUAUGCCAUGUGUGCGCGCACAUAUAAUGUGGAAACUGUUGACUAAGAUUCCUAUUGCUCUUGAAGGAUAUUUUCGCAUGGCAGGAAAUUGGGCUUGGGUGAGCCCAGUUGGAGCUGCACCAGCUGAUUCUACAGAAUAAGCUUAACCAACUGCUCACCACUGGGGGGGGGGGUUCUCUUGCCACAGAGGUUGUGUAUGCAGCGGAUCAAGGGGGUGUUGUUGUUGUUUUGCUGUGGUAGAAUGGACUGUGCCACUUCAGACCAAGCUAGGGGAAAUGGCAUUUUCAAUAUUCCUUUGUGUGGGGACCCCCCCCCAAAGCUCACUGCAAGAAGAAAAUUGACGCACAAGGAUAUGAACUAGAACCUUUCUGCUAGUUUUUUUACUUGCAGGAUUUUUAAAUAUAUAGAGAGGUGGGGGGGGCAUUUAAAAAUAGCAUCCCCUACUUCCACUCUGAAGUGGUGUGCUCCAUGCUAGCACCUCCUAUUCUGCUGCAUAUGAAACCCACAGAGAAAUACAAUUACACAUACAGUAUGUGGCUUUGGCUCUUACUCUAAAGGGUAUACAGUGGUACCUCGGGUUACAUAACACUUCAGGUUACAUACACUUCAUGUUACAGACUCCACUAACCCAGAAAUAGUACCUCGGGUUAAGAACUUUGCUUCAGGAUGAGAACAGAAAUUGUGCUGCGGUGGCGUGGCGGCAGCGGAAGGCCCCAUUAGCUAAAGUGAUGUCUCAGGUUAAGAACAGUUUCAGGUUAAGAAUGGACCUCCAGAACGAAUUAAGUUCUUAACCCAAGGUACCACUGUAUGCCCAAAUGAACACAAUGGAGCCUAUUUUUGAAUGAUCCUGCAUAGGAUUGUGCUGCGUGUUUAAGCUGGGCAUGAGACCAACACUGAAAUCUUAUACUUUUAUGCAGAAGUAAACGGCAUUGAGUAAGGUUGCGCUUAUUCCCAAAAUGUGUAUAUAGGCUUUCAGCCUCAGGGGUCAAGCGAAAGGCUGAAAGGAAAAGGCAGGGUUUAAAAAUGGCCUAGAAUUUUUCAUAAAAAUCGAGCAAGUUAUCAGGAUUUUAAUAUGAUAAUAAGUGGGGAAUUUUGUGAAUUGUGUGUGCGUGCCUGUUUCAACAGAAAGUCCAGCAGUAUUUACACAUAAUGCUUGCUUGCUUGAAACUUUGCAGAGUGUGGCAAGUUAAGUUGGCUGUGUGUAUGGCCUUUGCUCCUUAUGACUGUUGUUGCAUGAACACAGCCCUGUGCCACUAAGGCUGUGUCCGGAUUACUGGCUUAAAAAAGCUGGGUCACUAUUGUGGGGAAAUGCAUCAAAACCCAGCGUUUCCUAAGGAACGACAGGAUAUAUGUGCAUUGUACUAAUGUGGUGUGUUCACCCCUUCCUAAGCCAGUGGUGGAAUCACAUUGAAUGCAGAUUAAAUGGAAUGUAUACACAGCCUGAGUCUGCUUCGCUAAUCCUGGGACCAUUGACUCUGAAAGGAACAGCCUCCCUUCCAUUCCAUCCAACUGUAGUGACUGAAAAAUUAAAGUUUUCUUGCUUCAGUACAGGGUAUAAUAAUGGGGGUGGGGCGCAGGUGGUGCUGUGGUCUAAACUACUGAGCCUCUUGGGCUUGCCAGUUGGAAGAUCAGUGGUUUGAAUCCCUGCGACGGAGUGAGCUCCCAUUGCUCUGUCCCAGAUCCUGCCAACCUAGCAGUUCGAAAGCAUACCAGUGUGAAUAGAUAAAUAGGUACCGCUGUGGCAGGAAGGUGAGCAGCAUUCCUGUGCGCUCUGGCUUCUGUCAUGGUAUUCCUUUGCACCAGAAGCGGUUUAGUCAUGCUGGCCGCAUGACCCGGAAAGCUGUCUUUGGACAAACGAGAGCUCCCUCAGCCUGAAGCGAGAGGAGCGCCACACCCCAUAGUCGCCUUUGACUGGACUUAACCAUUCAGGGGUCCUUUAUAAUACAGUCAUACCUCGGUUUAAGUACGCUUCGGUUUGAGUACUUUCAGUUUAAGUACUCCGCGGACCUGUCUGGAAUGGAUUAAUCCACUUUCCAUUACUUUCAAUGGGAAAGUUUGCUUCAGGUUAAGUUUGCUUCAGGUUAAGUACGGACUUCCAGAACCAAUUACACUCAUACUUUGGGUUAAGUACGCUUCAGGUUGAGUACGCCAUGGACCCGUCUGGAACGGAUUAAUCCACUUUCCAUUACUUUCAAUGGGAAAGUUCGCUUCAGGUUAAGUACGCUUCAGGUUAAGUACAGACUUUGGGAACCAAUUGUGUACUUAAACCGAGGUACCACUGUAAUGGGCUGGGGCAGGCCAGGGCCCAUAGCCCAGCUCCGUUGCUGGCCAGGUGGGACUCAAUAGCUCUGGAAGGAGGUGUGUGAUUCCUCAGCUGGAGUAGGCUCAGAACAGUUGAGGGUCCCAUGCCUCAUCAAGCCCAGAUGCUGCAAUCAGCAUGCAAAGUACAAAAGGAAAACGGAGCUGAGCUGCUGUCUCUGCUCAACUGUCCAUGUUGAUGGGCCUUGGCUCGGACGCUCCUGGACUUCUAUGGGGCUGUGCUUCAGGUUUGACUCUGGACUAUAUCCCGACUGCUGGCCUUCAGACUUGGCUACUUGGAUUGACCGUGAACGACAUUCCUUGAUCUUUGGACUUUGCCUAUGUGGAUUGGCCCCCAGAUUUGCUGCCAGGAGGCCAGGGGUGCAGGACAACCCCCCCAACAUAAUUCAGUCCUACUGUGUUCCAUGUGUCCCUUCCCAAAGCAGUGGCAUUGAAGUUCCUACGUGGUAAUGUUGCAUAGCUGCCAAGUUAUCCCUUUUUUACAGGG